CAUUCCAGCCGCCCGGAGCCAAAGUACGCUUUGCAAGCGGCUGCAUCGGAGCUGCUCCUCUGGAGAGCCACACAUGGAGAAGAUGACUCUCUCUGCUCUGCUGAUCUUGCUCCUGACUUACGGUCCAGCCAUAGGAGAUGGAAAUCUCUGGCAACUUAGCAAGAUGAUCAGGCAUGCUACUGGCAAAACUGCCAUAUUUAACUAUUCCACCUAUGGGUGUUACUGCGGACUAGGGGGCCACGGACAGCCGGUGGAUCUGACGGAUUGGUGUUGCCAUCAGCAUGACUGCUGCUACCACAAAGUGGAGAAGGCGGGCAUUAAUCCCAAGUGGGCCCAAUAUUCUUACACGAUGCAUCUCGGGACGGUCAGAUGUGUGUUUUCUGUGACCAGCAGCAGCCUCAUCAACUUCAAGGUGAUGAUCGAAAGAAUUACCAAGAAAAACGCUCUCAUCUAUUUCAACGGCUACGGAUGCUACUGUGGAAAGGGAGGGAAAGGGAAGCCACGGGACAAGACCGACAUGUGCUGCUAUAAGCACGACUGCUGUUACGAGAGACUGCACAACCAGACCUGCCACCCCUUCAUCGAUCACUACAGAUACUUGAUCAUCAACCAGGACGUCAUGUGCCGGUAUAAGAAAAAGUCCGACUGCUCGGAAGGGGCCUGCGAGUGUGACCGGCGAGCCGCCCUCUGCUUCAGGAAAGAAGCCAACACGUACAACAGGAAACUCAAACGUUACCCGGCAGUCUUGUGCAAGGAGAAGACCCCCAAGUGUCCUAGUGGCAAAAAACACAAGCACACAUUGUGGAGUCCAUGAAGGGCUGAAGGUUUUCAAAAUGAUUGAAAUGGAAUAAAAACGAAACAAAACGUGUUCUUAUAAAAUGUGGUUCAAAAGCAGCAUGGGAUCCCUGAAGAUGUGAACACUGCUUUUGAGGACUAGGAAUGUGUUUUCUUAUUCAUUAUAUUUUCAGCCCACCCUUUCACCCAUGGGCUCAGGGCCAUGCAUAUUGUGUGCCUCCAUCCCUCCCUGGA